AUGUUACCAGAGCUAAAGGCUAAAAUUCAUCUCUUAAGACUGUUCAAUUUUAACAGACUUGAAAUUGAACACAAGUCAUUAAUUCCUGGGAGCAUUUUAAGGAAAAGAUGGCAUCUUUUUCCUCCAGAAGAUACUUCCUUUCUUUACCCUACACGGAUCCCCUAUGAAGAAUCUAGCAUUUUCAGUAAAGUGAACAUAGCGAAUCCCGAUUUUAAGAUGUUUCCAGAAUUCAUCAAAGCCAGACCUCACUUGGUUACUCUUCACCCAGGACAGGUGCUUUUCAUUCCCAGACAUUGGUGGCACUAUGUGGAGUCCCUUGACCCAUUAACUGUCAGCAUCAACUCUUGGAUUGAGCUGGAUGUGGAUGAUGAAGCUCGUGUAGGAGAAGCAAUAACAAGAGCUACAGUUUGUGCCUUAAAAUCUGUGGAAAAUCUCAGCAGUAUGGACAGCUGGUUGAAUCCUACAGAGGUUGAAGCAACAACGCAUGAUGUGAAUCUUCAUUAUCUGAACUUGGCUGUACAAGCUUGUUUACAUAAACAUAAAGGAGACUGUUCAGAAAGGACAUUGCGUUCAGAUGUUUCAAAUGAACUUAGUUUUCUUUCAACAGCAAAGAAAAUUAAAUUUAAUGAAGAUAAAACGUCAAGUGACACUAAUGCACAGGAUGAUGACUGUAAUGUUAAGGAGCAUGAAUCAAGAAAGUUCAGGAUUCCUUUUGGUGAUAAUUUGACUCCAGUUCUUCCAAGAUCUCAAAGAAACAGUCUGGAAGAAUGUGAGACAGCAGCACACAACUUUAAAGAUAUUCCUCUCACUCAGAGCUUGCCUUCCCAAUGUUACAGCAAAAGUAUUUGUCAUGAAGAGCAUUCGGCUUCUGUUGAAUCAAAUGAAAUUCCCUGUGAUGCACCUGUGCCAAGUACCAGCACAUCACCUUUAGAAAUCUCCACAAAUGAUUUACUAGACUGUUUGGUACAUCCUGAUGUAAUUGCUUUAGUGACUCAGCUUCUGUUAAAGAAACAGUCCAUAGCAUCUUAAAAUUUUGCAUAUCUGUAAAUAAAAGAAAAGCUUAUUUAUAUUUCACAUUAAAUAAAACAAUUUUAUAGCAUAACUACA